GAUUUAGUCCGUGUAAAGUGCUUCAAAAGAGCACCUCACUACAAGCUCGUGGCCUACAUGGAGCUAGGACCUUGCUAUGUUCUUCAAUGGUCUGAUUUAAACUCAUCGAUUGCAUCUAGCCACGGUGAGACUUCAAGAGAUAAGGAGUUGUCACUUCCAUGUUGUCUAUUGGGCACAGAAUAGAAGUCACAACCUCACUCUUCUCGUCCUCCCCUUCCCUAGAGCAUUCUUCUUCAUCACCGAGCGAAAAUGCAGGAAGGAGUCUCAUACUAGUGUUGAGUUAAUUCAAUCAUCUAACGAAAUUUCAAGUUACUUGGCUUGAAACUUCUCUCAUUCAAUGUUAUUCGUCAUUUUUGGAAAUGUGAACCUGGGACGAGUAGACUUCACAUUAAGAUCCAGUAUAGCAUCGCUUUACGAGUCUUUUAUGUAACGCAUUUCUUUCUAUACAUCGCUACAAUAACUUCUGUCUCUCCGUCGAUUGACCCAUGAUACCCUUUAAUCCCGCGUAAACCAAAUUUAUACAACACUGGGGUAGUCGGCAACUACUCGCGACCUUCAGGAUGGGGUUGACGGAUUUCUUCUGGAAACUUAGUGCUAUAACCUUGCUGCUGUUUCUAUACCCGGCCAAAGCUAUUGUAGACGAUUGCAAUGGGGUUUUAGUCUCAGAUACACUCCCCGUCCUGGUCAACUAUGGCACACUACUGGAACAUUUACAAGCGCUGCAAAAUAUCGCCGACGAGAACGGUGGAAGCAGAGUGACUGGUUCGGAAGGCCACAACCAAACAAUCGAGUACAUCCAAGACCAGCUCACCUCAUUAGGUUACUACGUCGAAGUCCAGCGCUUCGAAGGUUUAAUGCAAGUCGAAGGCCAUGCCUCUGUCGCAGUGAACGGUGACCUUUUCGAUGUUGAACCAAUCGGGUGGUCUCCUAACGGCAAUUUUUCCGAUCGUCCUCUUAUACCUGUAAAUGGGGCAGGAUGCAGAGCAGUCGACUAUCCACAAGAAGCAUUGGAUAGCAUCGUAUUAGUAGCUGGGGGCGAAUGUUCGGCCUCCGACAAGUCAAUCGCCGCGGGUAAAGCUGGAGCUAAGGCCAUUCUGCUACAUGAAUCCACACAACUUACUCCGAGCAUGGGAGGAUUAGAUGAUCGUCAUAUCCCAUCGGCCAUAAUAUCUGAAAAGGAUGCGCAUCAAAUACGAAGUACGAACAACCCGUUAUGGGCCAACAUCUUAGAAAUUAAGACACAAUAUACGACAGUCUCAAGCUACAACGUGUUUGCAACCUAG